GGGUUUGGUCAACGUUUGUUAGGGGGGGUUUUGUCCUCGGAGUUGCGUCCGUUCGUGUCAUGAAGGUGGUGCCCGCCGCCCCCGCCGUCUCCCCGGGCCCUAGCUGCCCUCUCAAGGGCGCGGGGGGAGACCCUUUGCCGCGGGGCCUCUCGGAGCAGAGCGUGACGCUGUCCCGCGUGGGCGGCAGCGGCAGCCCAACUUCCCGGGGAUUGCCUCUCGGGCCGGACCAAGCGGCCGCCGCCGCCGCCGCCUCGCUGCUUCUGGACAUGAAAGGCUGCUACUCGCGCCUGGCCGCCCUGGUGCCCACUUUGCCUCGCCACCGCCGCGUCUCCAAGGUGGAGAUCCUCCAGCACGUGAUCGACUACAUUUGGGAUCUCCAACUCGAGCUGCAGGACCCGUUGGGCACCGGGGCGCCCCCUCCGCGGGGCGUGGACGAGCCGGCCGGAGGAGCCGAGGCUGCUUGCGUUAGCUCGGAUGACCGAAUCCUGUGUCGCUGAAAGAUCCUCUUUAAGCCUGCCGGAAGAUCUGUCGAUCUGUGGAAACGCUUCCUAUCCCUCCAAUGGCUGGGAAAU